AUGUGGAAGCUGACCAACCCAGGCAAUGCCGCAAAUAUGACUAUAACCUCGCAAAAGCAAGUUCCUAGAAGAACUCGACAUUGUUUGUCAAAAGUGGGCAAUUUGAAGAACUUAAGAGCUCUUCCUCCUCCGUCUCCUCCGCCGUCCUCCUCCAUUAAAAACCCUACAAGUAUGGAGUCGAGUUCGGAGCUGGUGAGAUCGAUUGAAUCGGAGUUAGGAGUGUCGUUGGGGAGCGAUACGGUGUUGGUGCUACUGACGAUNGGUCCUUGCACACUGCGUGCUGCACUUGCACGUUUUGCAGAUCUUCUGAAUCCUCCGCGGAAGGCUACUUUGGUUGCAUUGGUUGCCCAUGCAGCUGAACCUAGUGAAGCAGAAAAGCUCAAGUUCUUGGCAUCUCCACAGGGCAAGGAUGAGUAUUCUGCAUGGGUUGUUGCAAGUCAAAGAAGUCUUCUUGAAGUAAUGGCUGAGUUCCCUUCGGCAAAGCCUCCCCUAGGUGUAUUUUUUGCAGCGGUUGCCCCUCGUUUACAGCCUCGUUACUAUUCAAUCUCGUCAUCUCCUCGAUUUUCUCCUGCUAUAAUCCAUGUGACUUGUGCACUAGUCUAUGGUCCAACUCCCACUGGCCGAAUUCACAAAGGAGUGUGUUCGACUUGGAUGAAGAAUGCAGUUCCAUUGGAAAAAAGUCAAAAUUGCAGCUCUGCUCCAAUCUGCAUUAGGCCAUCUAAUUUCAAGUUACCGGUUGACCCUUCAGUUCCAAUUGUCAUGGUAGGACCUGGUACUGGUUUGGCACCAUUUAGGGGAUUCCUGCAAGAAAGAGCAGCAUUGAAGGAAGAUGGGGCUCAACUUGGUCUUGCUUUGUUGUUUUUUGGUUGUAGGAAUCGUAGAAUGGAUUUUAUUUAUGAGGAGGAGCUUCUGAGUUUUGUGGAUCAAGGUGUAAUAUCAGAGCUGAUUAUUGCAUUUUCAAGGGAAGGACCCCAGAAAGAGUAUGUUCAACAUAAAAUGCUGGAAAAGGCUUCCCAUGUUUGGAGUUUAAUAUCCCAGGAGGGAUAUCUAUAUGUAUGUGGGGAUGCGAAAGGGAUGGCCAGGGAUGUACAUCGUACGCUCCAUACCAUAGUCCAGGAGCAGGAUAAGGUCGACUCAACCAAAGCUGAGGCUAUUGUGAAGAAACUCCAAAUGGAUGGAAGAUAUCUCAGGGAUGUGUGGUGAUCAUAUUAAGGCCAGCACGUUUGGUCCCAUUUGUUUACUUUUAGCAAAGCUUGGUAAGGUCCUCCUCUCAGUUGCUUUGAGUUCCAGCAGCUAAAAAGAUUAUUACAGUCAAUAGCCAAGGUCUGGAUUCACUGCAACAUCUAAGUUUUGUCUACUAAAUUGGUUAUUACUCUUUCAUUGGAGCAGAUAUAAUAACUUUAAAGUUCUGAUUAAUUUUUUAUAAGAGAUUCAGGACUGAUACAAAAAUUGUUAUAUUUAGUUGGUUAAAACAAUCCCAAAUCAUGUUGUAAUA